AUGACCAAGGUAGAGAAGAAGAAGUUCACCAAAGAAUAUAGGCUAAAGGAAAUUCAGAAGAAUUUAACAAAGAAGGCUAGGUUAAAGAAAGGAUACUUAAAAGUACUAAAGGAAGAAGGAUAUGCUGUUCCCGAAAAGCCUCAAGCUGAAAAACAUGAUAGAGCGUCUGUGCAUGAAAAGAAGGAACUCAAUAAGAAAAAAGUAAAGGAGCAAAAAGAAGAACAUAAGCUAAGAAAGCGUUCUGCAAAGGAGAAAGAGAGAGCUUUUAGAGAGCAAGAGAUCGAACGAAUUAAGCUUGCGAAACAAAAACAGCAGCAAAGAGAGGACAGAGCAAAACGACUACUGAAGAAAACUAGACGAGGGCAACCUAUUAUGGGACCUAAAAUCAACGAUCUCCUUGAUAAAAUCAAGAAUGAUGACACAUACACGGGGUAA